UACUGCUCAGGCCGCUUUACCCCACGCAAAAGACCUUCUCAUAGGUGUCAUUGUACCGGAGGGUGGGUAGGUCGUGAAUCCGUCUCUGAGUGUUGUAGCGCAAAAGAAAAAUUCAUACAGCUGCCAGGAAUCGAGCGGUGGCCGUCUACCUCGUGGUCGCCCUGCAAGGACAUGCGAAUCCAAAUGCCUGUAACAAUGCUGCUGUCUUCCCUAAACAGCGAGCUGGUUCAGCUGGUAGUUAUAAGUGAAUCAGUUCACGGCCUACUAGAUAUGACCGGUCGUCUGAUAAUAAAGUCAUCGUCCGUGGAACUUCCUUUGUGGGGGCAGCUGUCAUGUGAGGGUGCCGCGACGCCGAUGGGCUCCAGAGAACAAAUUAAAUCAUCUGCUGCUCGGAUCGGUGACACGGGGGUUGGGCGAGGAGCAUCAUUAACCCUCCUGGCGGCACUUCCCCUCACACGUAAUUCAACCAUGUGCCUCACUGACUCUAAAACUGCAUGGGCAGCAGAAAAUUCCACACACAGAAGGAGAAGACAGUCACAAACGUCGUCUUUUGAAAAGUAUGUGGGAAACAUGAAGAUUAUAUGAAGACAAGUCUUCCGGGACGUUGCACUGUGUAAUCUCCAGGACGUUCAUCGACGUUUCAGAGGCGUCCAUCAAAAAGCAACAAUAAAAUGCUUAGUUUUGUUGAUGAAGUUGAUAAAAUAACUCAUUUACAACAAGACUCACCGAGUGGUGGGGGGGAUGAGAACUGCGCAGGACCAAAGGGAUGUGUUUAACCAGCGAGCAGCAAAAUUAACUAGCUUGAUAGCAAUGAUGCAAAGGGGGAAUUUGGCAACACCGGACGCCCAUUUACUACAAAACCAAUUCUACUCUUGUAGUCCAUGCAGACAUCCUUAUUGCAAAUCCCCUCUGCUCUCGCUGCAUCAGUCAGUGGGAUGCUGAAUGGCGUUCAGUGGCGUGAAGAUUAAUACUACAAAGCGCACAUGAUGGACUCCACAGGCAUCCCUCGCCAAACCGGCGGUUACGUUCUUGAUAAAACAUCAUUUCUGUGGCGAAUUUCAAUUUUGAAAACUGUACCCAAAUUCAGAUCCAAGCUGGUUUCAUAAAUGAAACCCUGGCAUUCGUUUGCAACAUGUGAAGACAAUCAGGACAAACGUCAGACAGAACAGAAGGUCCAUGGAAACUUAAGCACAAGAGAGUGAGCGAGAGUAUUUAAACUGUGCUCGGACCAUAACAUUGCAUAAGAGACAUUAAAUGAUAGCUUAGAACAUAUUUAUUGCUGUACACUGGCAGGCCUAUAUCAGUUCUAAGAGUUUAAAGGUCAAAUCAACACAGAUCACACACCCCUGCCCCUUCAGAAUUGAUUUUUUAUGAGAUUGUAGUCCCAAUGGAGACUUAACUACUCUGCCAAAUUUUACUUCCUUAUGGCCAGUAGAUUCUUGACAGCAGACAAAGAAGAGGCCUUCAUGUCUGCACGCCACUGGCAAGUAACGAUGACAAGCAUUCGGCCAAUGGAACAGUCAAGAUACCGGACAAAGCAAUCUCAAGACGAGCGCGUGCCGGUCAGACUGAGAAUUGAUUUUUCACACUGUCUCGUAAUUGUCCGUCCAUCAUCGUUCAGUACAGUCGGUUCAUACAGAACAACGCAUUCAUUUCAAUGUUCCCGAAUAUGGCAACUGGGGUUCAUUGCACGCUUUUCGUUCGUUACGCACUACGUCGAAUUGCUUGACUCCCCCCCAUCCCCGCGUGCUCUUCAAGAAGACGCUUGGAAACAGAGCGAAUACAAGAUUUGGAGUCGAAAAAAAGGAACACGGGCAAUGAGCAGCUAAGACUAUAUUUUUAGUGUUUCGGUUUGCUUUGUUUGUUUCUUAGUUUAUUUAAUAACACUUACUCAACUGCAUAGGCUGUGUAGUGUCAAAUCAUAAGCUGCUUGUUAAUUACGGAUUUGAAAGUAUGUGGAAGCAUGCGAUCAUGGCGCCUCCUGCCUUCUGCCAGUUGACACAGAAGAACUGAGGAAAACACGGAAAGAUCAGGACAGCCGGCCAUAGAACGGAGAAUCGAGUUCAGAAUCUCCCGAACAUGAAGGCGCCGUGUUAAUUAUUCAAGCCAU